CACGAAAGAAUGACCGGCGAUUGGGAAUUGCCUCGUCUCUGCCGUCUGGUCGAGGAGCUCCUUCGUCCUUACUUCGAGCCGGACGCUGGUUCUGUGUCUUUAACCAGAGAAAAGGAGAAGAACCUUCUGAUUUCACUCUCUAAGGUUUACAAAGAGAUUCAGGUCUGGAUUCGUGAAAUGGAGGUUGAUUCCGAUGAAGAGACCAUGGUUUCUGAAUGUUUAUCGGCGGAUGCACAUGAGCAGCAUAACUGUUUGAUGAAAGUCCUAGCUGACUUGAUUCUUCUACUUACAGUUGACAGUCAAUACGUACAACAUUCGGCGGGAAAGAUUGUUGUGGCUGUUUCUGAGCUCCUGGCUCCUUCUGUCAGUAACUGGGACUCUUUGGUUCGUUCGCUCUGGAUGUGUCUGGAAUUGAUUGUCAAACACCUGUUGUCCUGUUCUCCAAUUUCAAAUGCCAAUGAGGAUUUGCAUUUUGGAUCCUCAAGUCUAAUGUUCUUAAAUCGUUGUCUGGGAAAUGCAGACUGGUCCACUGCAUCUCAUGUAAUCCAAAUCUUGCGGAAUAUACUGAAAAAUUUGAAGGAAGAGUCUGAUGGUCAGCUUCUUCGAGUUAACAACAAAUAUGUCUAUCCUUUUCUGUCAAAUGUGCCCUGGGUUCGGAUGGACGAGUUCUGUACAAAAGAGCCAAAAGUUGUGUUCUUGGGUAGUUUGAUCUCAUUUCUUUGCUCAUUGGUUGAGCAAACUGUAGCUUCAGAAUCUGAAGUCCAUCUCCAAGAUCAACAUUCAACUCUUCCCAUAGUUAUUAAUUUUGUGCCUAAACUUUUUCUUUGGUGCCUUGGCAAGGCAGAGAAUAGGGCCAAACAGUCCACCUUUCAGUAUUUCACUCACAAAUUGCUGAUGUUACUGCUGAGGCUUAGUUAUGGAACUCAUAUAAGUUGCACCACACUUGUCUCCUGGUUGAAACUUCUCCAUGAUUACUUUGAAGAGCUACUUUUGAAACCCAUGUCUAAGGUUAAGACUUGUCAAAAUGAUUGCCUAGAAGGCUCCCCGUUUCUGUCUAGCGUCUCUGAGGGAGAAGCACAACACAUGGGGCAUUCCCUUCAUUCUCAAAGGCAGGCCAUACUCCUAUUUCUUAGGUGCUGCUUCAGUUUGAUCAGCUCGACAGGAGAGAAUACCAAGCAACUUCUUAAAGCUCAUAACUCUCUCUCGGCUGUCAACAUGGUCUCUGACCCUGAUUUUUCUGGUAGAAGUAAAGGAUUUAUUGAGCUCUACAAAUGGUUCCAAGCCCACCUCCGAGAUAGCUUCUUAUGUGGAAAGGAAAUGCACGUGGACAAGUGUAUACUUUUUGCAAGAUCUUUUCUCCAGCUAUACUUGCAUGAGGAUGACUUAUUGUUUAAGGUUCUCCUGCAGUUGGUUACUGCAUCUUCUUGUUUGGAGCAGCAGUUAGAGGGAAAGAAACAAACAUAUCAGGAUGCAGAAGAGUAUAUUGGAUUUCUAGUUUCAAAUGCUUUCAGUCCAGUGAACUUAUUCCAUCUAUUACUCUCAGAGGUGACUCCCAAUUAUAUAUAGGCUUUGGUAUUAAUUGGCCACAAGACCUCUCUGCCUUUUUGUUUUGAUCUUCUAAAUACUUCUCAUUCUCUUGUAGUUGCACUAUGAUCAUCAAGUGCUGCUUGAUUACCUUAUUUCCAAGGAUCUUGGAAUUAGUUGUGCAGAGUACCUAUUAAGGUAACUUGCAGUUUGGACAGUGUAGUCUUAACUCAUCAAUCCUGAGAGUCAGUUGUCAUAAGUUGACUCUUUCAAUCUGUUGCUCUGCUGAUCAAUCACCCUUGAUCUUUAGGUGUUUAAGGGUUACAUGCAGUGCCUGGCAUUUAUUCAUAGAGUUCUCCGUUGACGAAAAUGCUAUGCAUAAUUUAUCUCGAAAAAAGCAAAAAAUCUUGGAAGAUGGUCCUGACUUCCAGGCAGACCAACCCUCUGCAUCGCCAACCAUGGACACUUAUCCCUCUCUUAAUGAUAAAGUUAAGAUAGACACUGACAGUAGUUGUAAGCAAAACGAAUGCAUAAGGCUUGCAUUCAUCGAGGCGAAAGAUUGUCUGCUAUCUUUGAAAGUUUCUAUAGAAAAUCUUCACCGGAAGAAUCUGUUUCCGUAUAACCCUAAAGCUCUCAUACAACGGUUGGCAAAAUUUGAGGAACUCUGCAGCAAUCAUGAUGACUUUUUCUAGAGUGCUUGCUAAGAGAGAACCAUGAUCCUUCCUCUUGCGGGCAUCCAUCAUACAAACUUGCAGAAGUUGCAUAAUUUUUUCUGACUGAGUGGGACUGGCCGCACUGUUGGACCUGAUGGGUGCUCCUAUUGAUAGUCAAUAGAAGUUUCUGGUUGCCGAUUGGACUCUGCCAUUAACUUUUUCAAAGUUCCAGGAUCUAGUUCUGGUACUGAGAUUCAGGAAUUGCCUAACUUGGAUUUCGAAAUUUCCUCAGCUUUUAAGUUAAUCAUCUUGAACUUCCCCAGUAUUUCAGCCUUUCCUGUCACUUCAAAGGUCAUGAUAGCAUCGCCCAACGAGUAGGCAGGUUAGGCAGUAAUUCAAAAUUUAGUUAUUACGAAUUGGGUAAUUUUGGAUAGUCUGCCGUCCGAAGGAUCUAUUAUUUGACAGGAUGGACGUUUGGCUUUAUUAGUUGAAUCUUUUGAUUUCAGCCAAAGGACAAAGUGGGUUAUCUUGUGAUGGUUUGGAAGUUUGUGGACCGCGUAGCAUCAUCCCAAGGAGAAAGGAAAUAUCAUAAUUUGAGAGGAAGUUGGGAGUUUCUGUAAGCAGAGAAGAACCAGAUGGAGGAGGAGAAACAGAGUCGUCGUCAUCAUCAUUUCGUGCUGGUCCAUGGAGCUUGCCAUGGAGCUUGGUGUUGGUACAAGGUUGUUCCUUUACUGAAACAAGCUGGCUACAAAGUGACUGCUCUCGACUUGGGCGCUUCUGGGAUCCAUCCAAAGCAGGUUACCGAACUGGGUUCGGUCUCGGACUACCACACGCCGCUGAUGGAGUUGAUGGAUUCCUUAACAGGAGAUGAAGAGAAGGUGAUCUUAGUUGGACAUAGUAUGGGUGGUGUUGGGAUAUCUGCUGCAAUGGAAAAAUUUGCAGAGAAAGUAGCUGUUGCGGUGUUUGUUGCAGCUUUGAUGCCAGCUCCUCAUCCUGGUGUCGGCUACUCUGUUACAAAAGAAGAGUGUCUCAAGCAAAUGGAUUUCAUGGAUAGCCAAUUCUCAUUCCAUGAUGGUCCUGAAAAUCCUCCGACCAGUGUAUUGUUUGGACUCAAGGCAAUGUCAACUAAAUUGUACCAGCUCUCCCUGCCUGAGGAUUUAACACUGGGAAUGAUGCUUAUAAGACCCUGCCCUUUCUUCAACGAUGCGGAAACAGAAGCUGAAAUAGCCCUGACAAGCGAGAAAUAUGGAUCAGUUCCUCGAGCUUAUGUCGUCUGUGAAGCAGACGAAAUCAUCAAGCCGGAUCUGCAAAGGUGGAUGAUCGAGAACAACCCAACUGACGAUGUCAAACCCAUAUCUUCUGCUGAUCACAUGGCAAUGUUCUCAAAACCACAUGAGCUCUGCACUUACCUUUUGGAGCUUGCCAGCAAGUUGACAAAAAUUGAGGAACUCUGCGGCAAUCACGAUGGCUUUUCCUAG